GGCUAUUCCUUCUCCGUGCUAAUUUCUCUCCUUUCUAAUAUUUAACAAUCAUUAGAAGCUUUUGGUUUGAAGCAAAGACAAUAGUAACAACAACAAGCAACUUCUUUCAAUCUUGAUUUGGAACAUAUGGAAGAACUACUUCAUGAAGAGGAGCCUCUGCCUAUGGAAUCUCAAGCAAAGGCAUGUAACACUAUUGGUGGUACAUCAAAAACGCCAAUUGGGAUUAUUGAAGGUGUAUCCAUUGCAAACGAAACAACUCUAGAGCAAGGCCAAGAUAAAAAAAGGAAGGCUCCAAGAAGGUCCGAGGUAUGGGAUCACUUUACUAGUUUUAUUGAUGCUGAUGGCAAAAGUAAAGCUAGGAAUGAAAGGAACAAAAGAAACCAGAGUUUAUUGAGAUUCAUAGGUGGAGAUGAGGGGGAUGGGCAGGAGGUUAAUCAAUUAACCUCAUGGAAAUUUGAUGCUGAAGUUGUUAAAAAGGCACUUGCUGAGUUAAUUAUAACUGAUGAAUUUGCUUUUAGUUUAGUUGAAAAGCUAGGCUUUAAGAGAUUCUGUGGAGUUGCAUUGCCCCCAAGUUUCAGACUCCCUUCUCGUAGGACUAUCACUAGGAAUUGCUAUGACAUAUAUAUUGAUGAAAGAAACCUGUUAAAGAAAUAUUUUCAAGAAAAUUCCAUUAGAGUUUCUUUAACAACAGAUACAUGGACUUCCACUCAAAGAAUUUCAUACAUGAGAUUAACUGCACAUUACAUUGAUGAUGAUUGGAGAUUACAAAAGAAAAUCAUUAGCUUUUGUCCUAUUGAUAGUCAUAAGGGAGAUCAGUUAGGUGACCUUCUUGAAAGGUGUUUGAGGGAUUGGGGGAUCGAAAAGGUUUAUGCAUUGACAGUGGACAACGCAUCUGCUAAUGAUGGUCUAGUGAAAUGUCUCAAGGAUUGUCUAAACAAGUGGGGUACAAGCAUUCUUGGAGGGGCUGAGUUGCACAUGAGAUGUGCAGCACAUAUUAUUAAUCUUGUAGUUGGUGAUGGGACCAAGCUUGUGGAGUCUUCAAUAGCUACUGUUAGAGCUGCUAUUAAGUAUGUGAGGCAAAGCCCUCAAAGGAUUAAAAAGUUCAAAGAAUGUGUGGAAUUUGAAAAGAUUGAAUCCAAAAAGUUGUUGUGCUUAGAUGUUCCAACAAGAUGGAAUUCACUCUACUUGAUGCUUGAUACAGCAGUGAAAUUUGAGCUUGCAUUUGAGAGGUUUGCAAGGGUGGAGCCAAAUAUAAGGGUUGAGUUAUGUUCUGGAACCAAUCCUCCAGGGCUUCCCUCAUGUGUUGACUGGGAAAACUGUAGAAGAAUGGUUGAUGUAAAUUUGUGUGUAAUGGCUAAGAGUAUGAGGAUUAAGUAUGACAAAUACUGGGGAGAUCCACAAAAGAUGAAUAAGAACAUUUUUGUGGCUGUUGUGCUUGAUCCAAGACGCAAGCUUGAUUUUGUACAAUAUCUGUUGGUUAAGAGGUUUAAAAAGGAUAAGGGAAAGUUGUAUGGAGACAUGGUCAAAUUGGAGUGCAUAAAACUGUUUGAGGAAUAUAAGAGGUUGAGUUACAGUGGGUCAAGUGGUAGUAACUCUCAACAAAUUUCUACUGUAAAAUGCAAUUAUGAUGGGGUAAGCAAUGAGGUUGGGUCAUCUACAAAGAGUGAGAGUCAACUUCUUUUAGAUUACAAAAGGUACAAGGCUGAGCUUGGUGGGGCUACAGAAAAAACAGAGUUCGAUAGAUACUUGAAUGAGGACUCUCCUGAAGAUUCUGAGGACUUUGAUGUCCUUAAAUGGUGGAAGAUGAAUGCACCUAGGUUUCCUAUUCUAGCUGCAAUGGCCAGGGAUGUCUUAGCUAUUCCUAUCUCCACCGUUGCCUCAGAAUCUGCCUUCUCCACUGGGGGACGAGUUCUUGAUGCCUUUAGAAGCUCACUUACCCCAAGAAUGGCCCAAGCACUUAUUUGCUGUCAAGAUUGGUUGAAGUUGACUACAAGAGAUGUGUCUGAUUUGGAGGACUUGGAUUUGCUGGAAAGCUUGGAGAAUGGUUUUGAUAAACUUCAUUUGGAUUCCACCACUAUGGCAUGACAAAGCAAGCAGAACAUGUAUAUGGUAGUAGGGUUAUAGAUAAACCAGACUAUAGAUAUGGUCUUCUCUUUUUGUAUAUCAUUGAUGAAGGUUUUGGAGCUACUUUCUUUUUGUAUAUAAAGCCAUCUUGCGUUGAUGUUGCUGCACUUUGCUGCACUGCACUGCAUUGCCAUUCUACUGCUGUUGCAAGUUUGGGAAAUUGGAAAUACAUGAUGCAUCUCGUCUUUGGUUUUUUGUGGAGAAAGGAUGUUGGAUGCCCACUACACUACUAACUACACAUCACUUUUGUUUUUUUGUAUAGCAUCUACAUUCUCUUUAAUGGUGAAAUUCUAUAACUGUAAAUGACUAUUUGAAGUCUUCAUAACUUCAAGUAUGGUAGAACAUGAACAACUCUUAUGGUAGUUAUAAAUAUUAUGAUAUUUU